UGUAAGCCCCAUUAUCAUGUAAACACAACAUUUUUGCUAGGCAGCCUGAUAAAAAAGCUCUUACUCCCAGAAGUCAUACAAAGCCAGCCAAUCAAAUUAGACCUUGCCAGAUCAAGAAAAUGAUUUGCAGUUAUGUGCGCAAUAUGCAUCAAACAGUCAGUGAAUGGAUUUUAGGCAGUCUAUAGAAUGUGAGGUUUAAUGUUUGAAAAAGUGGCCUGGAGGGGGUGGAGGGGGUACAAUUCAUGUGAACACCAGAACAAUUAGCAACUGUCCUAACUAAUGGAUGUUUAUGGAUUAUGUUGUAUAAUAAAAAAAAUGUUUACCCACUUUUUGACCAUUUAUCGGUCAAAUUAACCUCUUAAUCAUCACAUAAAAAUUCAGCAAACUGGUUUGCCACUUUACAUAUAUCUUUGAUAGUUAUGCAGACAAAUACAAUGAAAUUAUGAUGUAUGAAUUAUCCAGCAUACAGUACAUGAGAACUCCUUCAGAACUGCUUAAAUCAGGUAGGUAUGACAUCUGCUAGUAAUCACAAACGUAACACUUCUCUGUCAAGAGAGCAAGCUAACAAUAGUUAAUUGUCAGAUUUUAAAAUGUGAGCAGGAAAGGGCCAUCCCCAACUCCUACAUUUAUACACUGAAUGGACCCUCUGUUUCUAGCGCAUUCCAAUGAAUAUACAACAGCUUGAAAGCAAUCUGGGAGACCACAUAUUAUCAUUCUCAAACCGUUUCAUGUCAACGGCAGUGCUAAAGUCAGCAGAAGGUCACCACUGUGUUUGCAACUAAGCUGAAGUCUUUCACCUUUGUGCCACUUCUAAAAAGACUGCCUGUUGAGAACAAGGUUUGGAAAAAGGUACUUCAGGCAAGGAGACCAAACAAGACUUCACAAGAGCCAGAGGACACUGAGAGAAGCAUGGCGGAAGAGGGUGUCUACAAAGCAGAGGUUGUUUACGUCCAAGACCCUGAAGAGGGCCAGCUUGAAGAAACGCUCAAGAACACCACUCAAAGUGAGAUUCUGUCAGCUGACAAUUUAACCCUUAAACCACUCACCACGCUAGCUGGGCUUCACGCAGAAUCUGGUAGCAUAACCCCCGAGCCUAGCCCAGCCACCAUGGAAACCACUGAUAACAAACACCCUGGCAUUUCUCAGCUAAGCUUUCACAACACUUCACAGGCUGCUGAGGUCAGCUCAGGUCUGUUUUUAAGUAGCUCAGCUCAGAGAGAGGAGGUCCUUAGCCCUGCCAGCUCCAUGGAUUUUUUCACUUCCCCUGCUUCUUCUAAGGAGUCUAUUCUCUCCGAGGGCUGGGACAAGGAGAGGAGCUGGUCAGGGCUCCACAUGUUCUCACGGGAUGGUUCUCCUGGGCCCUUUAGUGGCACGGUUUCCCCAUGUUCUUCCAUAAGAUCCGGGGCCUUCACACCUUCUGUGGUAAGAAUCAAGAGACACUCCUUGGCUCCGGGCUCUAGUCUGCUGCAGAUGUCAUCUGCUUGCGAAACACCCUGCUGUGACAGUCGGGCAACCUCACCCUGUCCUCUUACACCCCGUGCCCGGCACAGACUCCCUCCAACCCAGCUCUCCCUGUUAACGGCCAUCCUCAGGAAAGGUCGUCUACCUGUCCUGUCCUCUGCUUUUCAAAGACCUUACACACCCUGCUGGCCCAUCAGUCCAGUUAACGUGUCCUCCUGUUCAGCAUGCUCAGCUGCCUCUUCUGUUGCACCCAUGAACGUCUCUAAAGCAAAGUCUUGUACCUCCAUAGAUAGACCCCGUACUGAGUCUUGCCAGGUUUCAAAGACACAACUACGGAAACCAGACCAUAGUUCUCUUUCAGUGUCAUCAAUGGUCAAGGCACCUGAUGAAAUCCCACUAAUGAAACCACCAGAAAGACUUGACUCACGUCAACAUUUCACUAGUACUAGUCACAUCGUUUCACCUACAAAACACAGCCCUUCACCAAGCUUACCUAGAGUCCAGCCUACCAAUUCUCACCUGUCGAAAUCAGGUCACAAAGGAAAUCGUUUACCGACAGUUCCUAGCUCUCUUUUGUGCAGCUCCCUAUCCCGGAUGAACUCCUCAUCUCCUAAAUCAAGCUCUCUGUCUUGCUCCAGCCCUGAGAACCAGAAAAAUCCAUCAGUGUCAGUGGAUCGCCUUGCAUCUAUAGAACCAAACAAACCUUUAGCAUCCUUAAUGCAGAACGAUGAAACAAAAUCCCAUGAUAGGUCAGAAAAAUAUUCACUGGCACUAAAACAGGGUCAGAAAUCAUCUGAGCUCUCCAAUGCACCAUAUCUGAAAGAUAGAGGUAGUUCAUCUGACAAUUUGGACUCCUCUGUAUCAAAACCUGCACAAAAUUCAUGUAAAUCUUCUUCCUUUCCUACUCUGAAACACACAAUUGAAUUGCAUAGUAAUUCCAUAUCUCCGGUUUUAAGUCACAAGGAGAGUAAACAAAAUAUUGGUGGCAAAAGUCAUAUCGAAAGAGUGCACCUAUCAUCCCCGGCUUUUAGACUGUCUCCCUCUCCCAGACCCGUGGGUCUCACCCGCCUGUCCUACACACCUCCAGCCUCUCCUGCUUGUCCCCCAGUCCACCCAAACUCCCGCUCCUCCACCCUAGACCGCUGCACCCUCUCGCCCUCCCCAGCGGUCCCAAGCCGUCAGCUCUCCCCCUCACCCUCAUACUCCUUCUGUUCAUCACCCUCUCCGUCCCUAUGGGGCAGCACACCAGACUGCGCAGAUGGGGACUGUAAAAAUAGAAAGACAUACAAGAUCAAAUCCACCUACAAGGCACUCGCUGCUAUUCCCACAAAUACUCUGCUCCUGGAACAGCAGGCUUUAGAUGAAGAGGUCAACAAGAAAGAGGCUUCAUUUAACCCCGCGGACAACUAUUCUUGGGAGGACCCACAUGCAGAGAUGUGCUCUCCUGCGCAGCUGCGUCAGCAGACCGCAGAACUGUACGCAACCAUUGAUGAAGUCCUCGAGGACUCGAUCCAAAGACAUCAAUCAGACCAUGUGAACAAAGCCAAUGUGAAGUCUUUGGCAGCGGAGGCAUCAAGGUCAGAGACGUCAUCACCAUCUCCAAAACUAUUGGGACGGGAAACAAGAUAUGCAAGCUCUCCUUUUCAACCCUCUGUAACUACGGAAAAAACACUGACAAAGCCUGGAGUUAUUAGACCAGUUAUUGCAACAUCCAGAUUUACAGAUGAUGAAGAAUUCCACCCAAAUCCUUUCAAGAGCCAUCAAGGAAACAAAUCCAAUCGCUACCAAUACAAGUUUGUCAGCAGUGCGCUCUGCGAUGAAACCCAACCAGAUGGUAGAGGAGCUUCAGACGGGCAGCCAGCGUGUGGAGAGGGGCUUCCUUCAGAGCCACAAGGAGACUACAAGACAAGGCUGGCAUCUCUGAUCACUCAGACCAGGAUCUCCAUGCAAGAUGUUCCCACCUCCAUGAAACCCCAGGAGACACACAUGUGAUGCUUACAAGAGAGCCUGAACUGAUCGUAACUGUGACUGCACAUUAAAAAGCCUAUUAAAGGCAGCACACGUCAAGCAUCUUAAAAGCUAUUCCUUCCUCAAUUGAAGAUGCACAAAGUAAUUUUAAUCGAAAUGAAUGAAUAUUAAAAUGAUGUUUGCUUACAAACUCAAGGUCAGGUUUCACCCCAAAAUCAAAAGCAAGAAUUAAUAAUAGUUCUAUACAACAGACUUUUUUUUCUUUCUUUCUUAUUUUGCUGUGAAAUCUGACCAGUUGAUAACUGUUUUUAUACCAGUCACCCAAUAAGAGCAUAAGAACUGACAUGUAAUUAUUAGUGCACUUUUAUGUACAAUUAUCCAGAAUAGUGAUUGCUCUGAAAUUGGCCCUACUGUCCACCAGUGGCGGCAUUUCACAAAACCAUACGGUAUGGCAGUGGCGUAAAUUGGGGGUGGGGGGGUAUGCACAUUACUAAGCACUGAAAUAUAAAAUAAAUAGAAAAGGAAAAAGCGUAAAAAAAAAAAAAAAUUAAACACUGCAUCGUCAGAGUUGGUAUGUGGCUUUAUCAGACACUUGCACUUAACAUUUUAUGAAAAUCAAGCUCAAAUAGAGUUAACAAGGUUUUUGA